AUGCUGAAAGAUAUUAUGGAGGCAACUCAAAUGCAUCUAGUAGUUGCCACACUACUAGUUACCGUUACCUUCGCAGCAGGUUUCACCUUACCGGGAGGUUUUGAAAGCGAUCUCAAUAGCUCUAAUAAAGCAAUGGCGAUUCUAAUAAGGGAAACAGUGUUCCGUGAAUUAGUUAUCUCAGAUACCAUUGCAUUUACAUGCUCUGCUGGUGCUGUAUUCAGCUACUUCUACAUUGCGAUAAGUGCAGCAACUGCAAAAAGAUUAAAACUUAUAACUGUGUGCUUUAAGAUAGCAAUUCUUUUGCAGCGUUUAGCGAUGUCAGCAGUUGUCAUUGCAUUUGUAACUGGUAUGUAUGCUACUUUAGCACAUUCAGUUGGUCUCGCUGUUACUGUCUGUGUCAUCGGCUGCAUCUCUUUCCCCCUGUUCUAUCUUCCGUCAAUUGUUAGGCACAUCGUUAAGACAUACUAGAUUCAAUCUCAUGUAUGAUUAUUGGAUAUAUUUUUGUGAACGUUAUUUGAUAUAAAUAUAUGGCAUCUGAUAUUCUU